AUGGCAAGUUUCUUUUUCUUUUAUUCACUUCUCUGUUUUGUCUUUCUAAGUCAAAGCUUUUCUUCAUCAUCUGUGCAUCAUCUUUGCUCUCCCAGUGAAGCUUCUGAUUUGUUUCAAUUUAAGAAAGCCUUUGGAAUCUCCGAUGACUACUUUUCUCAGUGUCGUACUUCUUUCUCGAAAACAACAUCUUGGAAUGAGAGUAGGGAUUGCUGCACUUGGGAUGGAGUCACUUGUGACUUGUUAACCGGUCGUGUCAUCGGCCUGGACCUUAGUUGUAGUCAGCUUUAUAGAAUUAUUCAUCCUAACAGCAGCCUCUUCCAACUUCAUCAUCUUCAGAGGCUAAACCUUGCUAACAAUUUCUUGAAUUAUUCUUCAAUCCCAAAUGAUAUUGGCCAGAUUCCUAAUUCCGUUGGCAACCUAAUCCAAAUUAGGGAGUUAGAUUUACAUGGUAAUCAUUUCGCUGGCCAUAUUCCAUCAACAAUCUCUAAUUUGAAGCAACUCACAUUUUUAGAUCUUUCAUCUAACUCCCUUGGAGGCGAAAUUCCCAAUGUUUUCUCUAACCUCCAAGAGCUAGUUGUUCUUGAUUUAUCUGACAACUCAUUGAAUGGCACAAUACCGUCUUGGGUGUUUAGCCUCCCUUCCUUAAAUAUAUUGAAUCUCCAUCAUAAUCAAUUCACUAGAGUGGCUGACGAGCUCAAAACAAACCCAACAUUAGAGCGUUUGGAUUUAAGUCAUAAUCAACUCAGCGGUCCUUUUCUUCAAUCACUUGAGAAUCUCUUCAACCUAAUCUUCCUUGGCCUUUCAUCAAAUAACAUGGAUGCGGGAGUAAAUAUCACUUUUCCUAGCCUAGCAUAUUUGUCCUUAUCAUCUUGGGAACUAAAGGCUUUUCUACACUUGAGAAAUUCAAAAACACUUAAGUACUUGGAUCUUUCUAAUAAUAAGAUUGAUGGUCCAAUCCCUAACUGGUUUAACGGCAUGAGGUGGGACUCAUUGUUGCUUCUAAAACUUUCUUAUAAUUCACUUACAGGACACAUAGAACAACUUCAUUAUCAUAGUUUAGAUUAUCUUGAUCUUAAAUUUAACUUACUUCAGGGUCGGCUACCUUCUUCUAUCUAUAAGUUGAAGAACCUUACGUUGCUGGAUUUGUCACACAACCACUUCAAUGAAUCAGUUCCACAUUGCUUGGGAAGCAUGACUUGGGUAAAGGUUCUCAACUUGAGAAGAAAUAAUUUCGCAAGCAGUCUUCCACCAUUAUGUACUCAAAGCGCUUUGCUGUAUACCAUUGCCUUGAAUGGAAAUCGUUUUGAAGGCCCUAUCCCUAUGUCGUUGCUCAAGUGUAACCGUUUAGAAAUCUUCAAUGUGGGGAAUAACGCUAUAAAUGACACAUUUCCAGCUUGGCUGGGAACUCUUGAAUGGUUGUUGGUCCUUAUAUUAAAGUCUAACAAGUUCCAUGGACCUAUAAGUACUAGGCCGAAGUUUUGCUUUCCCAAGUUGCGGAUUUUCGAUCUCUCUCAUAAUGAGUUCAAUGGCUCACUUCCCGCAGAAGUUUUUAAAACUUAA